AUGGCAUACAACGGCUACGGACAGAGCAAUCCUUAUGGCUCCAAUUCUGGCUACGACACUCCUCCCACAUACAGAGCUCAGAACGAUGUCGAGAUGCAGCCACUCAACGACCCCUUCGCCGACCCCUACGCCGCCGGCCAACACUCAGACCCCAACGCCAUCCUGAACGACUGCCGUGAAGUCGGUCGCGCAAUCGACGACGUCGAGAGCCGUCUGCAAGGUCUCCAGCGUCUGCACAGACAAUUCGUCUCGGGCACAAACUCCACAAACAAAGAAAUCGAUGCCAUGGGCUCCGAGAUCAUGACUGCCUACCGUGCCCUCGCCGACCGCGUCAAGAGAAUCAAGUCACGCCCCGAGUCCAGAAACCCUCGCAACGAAGCUCAGGUCAAUGCCCUGGACCGCCGUAUCCGCAAAGCAAUCAGCAACUACCAAACCGUCGAGUCGCAGUUCCGCAAGGAAGUCCAAGAGCAGCAGCGUCGUCAAUAUCUCAUCGUCAACCCUGACGCCACCGAGCAAGAAAUCAUUCAAGCCACCGAGUCCGGUGCCGAUACCCAGAUCUUCCAGCAGGCUCUCCUUAACUCGGAUCGCCGCGGUCAAGCCCAAAGCACGUUGGCAAAUGUUCGCCAGCGCCACGAUGCUAUCCAGCAAAUCGAGCGCACAAUGACUGAGCUGGCACAGCUGUUCCAGGAUCUGGACACGAUUGUCAUGCAGCAAGAACCCAUGAUCAUGAACAUCGAGGAAAAGGCCGAAGAAACGCAGACGAAUAUGGUUCAAGCAAACGAGCACCUCGACGUUGCAACCACAAAGGCCAGAUCCGCCAGAAGAAAGAAGUGGUACUGCCUUGGUAUCUGCGUCGCCAUUAUUGUUGUCAUCAUCCUCAUCGUCAUCAUCUAUCUCGCAGUGACCGGAAAACUUGGUUCCCACAAGAGCAACGAUGCGAAGCCGGCUUGA